UCCCCCCAGUGUUCAAUAUUUCUAUCUAUUUAAUUAACUAGGUUUUAACUCAGGCAUUAACCACGCUUAGCUCAAAAGCAGCAAUAUAUAAAUACACAAUCAUAAACAAAAAUACAAUCAGACUGUAUUUACGAGCAUAAAAGCAUAACAUUGAGUAUAUUCACUCAGCAAGAAAAUUUACUAAGUAUUUAAUUACUUUGCUGACUCAUCUAUUAAUCCCCAGUCAUUUCAGAACAGUCCUGUUUUAAAGUUUUUUUUAAAAAAAAAAUUAAAAUCAAGAGUGCAGAUCUUAUAUUUCACGGGAAGGCCUUCCAAUGGAGAAUUCCAGCCGAGAAUGCUUGCCUUCAAGUUCUGUCACAGCAGAUUGCACACUGCUGACUUAAGUAAUAUAAAAUUAUUGUUGUUGCCUUUGAUAGGGUUUGUAUUAAUGCUGGGCUAAAUCGAUUAGUAUCUGAGUUAAUAAACAAUAAGCUACCAGAUCUCUAUAGUUUCUGGUCCAUUACCAAGUCCUCUAGAUUCCAAAGUGGUGUAUUUGUUUACUGUUUAAUUUGUUUGGUUUUGAGUUAGCAUAUUGUGUGAAUCCAGCCUCCCAACUAGCCUUCAAUCUGCUGCCUUCAAAAAUCGGUUGGAGUGGAACUGCCAUAUUUCUAGCUGGCAUAGCUAUGUUCGGAACUGACAGAAGAGGGUCCCUUUAUUCAAUGUUGGAGUAUGCAGAAUUAUUUGUCCAGCUGGACAAGGAUGCAACUGAGAACUGGAAUCCCGAACCUUUUCAAGAUUGCACAGAAAAGUACGUUACUGCGGGAUCAUUGGAUGCUAGCAUCUCCUCCUACUGAAAAAAGAUGCAAGCCAGCUUUCUUCUUUUUCUUCUUCUUUCCAAGGACCCCUGGUCUCCUUAUCCCAGAGGCGGCAGAACAGCCUUCCCGAACUCGAUCCCACCCUGCGACGCAAAUCCCCGCGCUUUCGUGGAGAAACAAACACGUUACGAAUGGAAACCAACCCACGUCCAGUUAGCAGUCCAACGUUUCCGGGCGGGCUCUAUCCGGAACUCCAUCUCCCGGCGGCCCGUGCGAGGCAGGGAGGCUGGAGCGUUCUCGCGAGAGUUGCUGGGCAGCGGUGUCUGCUUGAAUCCCGACGCGGGAGAGGACUUCGCAGAGCGCCUGCCGGCUCGUGCCUGUCUCGUAACGGUCUCGGCGGGCGAGCCAUGGCCAGCCGAUGGAGCCUGCGAAAACAGCCGGAGAGGGAACCGCAAGAGCGCAGGAAGUCGCUGCGGUUGGCUAGCCAGAAGGCUGUACCCUUCAAUCAUCAAAGAUCUGUGGCUUACCAGGCACCUACCACCUCUGCAUUGAUGGAUUUUGCAACACCUCGAACCGUUUUUAAGAAGGUCCUACAGACACAGCCAAUUGUUUCCCCUUUUGUUUCUGAGAAACCUGAUUCUCCAAAACCAAUUGAUACAUUUUUCCAUUUUCCUGAGAAGACUGAUUCUUCCAUUCUGGAAGUCAGCCUGUCAGACCUCUCUCAGAGGCAGAAGUCUAAGAUUACACGGCAUCCUACGAGAUCGAAAAAGGUCCGUCUCUCCGUAUUUGAAAGAGGUCUGAAUAACCAGCUUCACUCCAGCACAGAUCAGGGUUUGCUGGACCACACAUCUUUGACAAAGUCUCUUCAGAUCUCUUUUACAACUCCAGCACCAUUGAACUCUGCUGGGAAAAAAGGCUUGAUGCGUAGGCCCAAACACUACCGAGGAGUUAAUGUGAAGGAUUUUGAAGGGGGUCUUGAACAAGGCUUGCUGCAGAUCAAAGAUUCAGCAGAAAACUAUCCUGAAGACCAGAAAAUGACAACGCUCCAAUCCAACAACACAGAGGCUCAGUCGGUGGAGACAGAAGUCUUUCUCCCACCUCAUUCCAGUGAGGAGAAUGACACGGAGCCGUCUAAUGUUCCACCAGAACCGGAUUUGGCGAGGCAAUCUUUAGGUGAUGGGAGGGCGCCAUCUCUUAGCCAAACACGGUUAGCCAGACAGGACGAAACAUCUGACAUGGAAGUUGAAAAAGUGGCCGAAAGCAUCCCAAAGGAAAUCCUGGCGCCAGGAAGCGAACGUACGGUUGAAGCAGAAACCGAAUGCACGGAAGAAAAGGACGAUCGUUCCAAAAGAAGGUGCCAAGAGAGCCCAGAGGGUGCAGGAAAAGGAUUGAGACUCAGUCUGGGAAAAGAGAACUUAAGUCCAGGAUCUGAAGAUGCCAGCAGCACAGAAAGCAUUUCCCAGAAAAGAAGAGUCACACCUCAAAGGCAACAGCAAAAGAAUUUUCAUGGAAACAGUCCUGAUGAGGAACCCUCCACUCACAAACAGCCUUUGAAGAUUGGCCUGGGUGCAAGAAGCAGUUUCUCAACUUGGCUGAGUAGAAAAAUUGCCAGGCGUUCAGUGAAUGAGUUGGUGGCACACUUCACCCAGGAGUUGGAUAACCUUCUCCCAGGAGUUGCAGGACGGGGUCUGGCCAAGGUUGACCUGGAGAAAGGAUCUUCCCUUCGUGAAAAAACUGUUGAGAUCUCUCAAAGUCCUAGAGUGAGAACUCCAAACAGACGCGCAAGUGGGAAGACUCCAAGGAGCCUGGAGAGGAUGCCAUUUAAGGAUAGAACAAACCCACAAACAGGUGGUCGAAAUAGAACAAGAGAAAUGAGGAAUGUGGACACUGAACAGAUUCUGGAGUUUGAAGCCGAAGACAAUCCAGAAGUCGAGGAGAUGUCAGAAUCUGAGGACAUUGCUAUUGAGAUCUCUCAAAGUCCUAGAGUGGUAACUCCAAACAGACGUGCAAGUGGGAAGACCCCAAAGAGCCUGGACAGGACCCCAUUUAAGGAAAUGAGAGAUAGAACCAAUCCACAAACAGGUGGUCGAAAUAGAACAAAAGAAAUGAGGAAUGUGGAAACUGAACAGAUUCUGGAGUUUGAAGACGAAGACAAUCCAGAAGUCGAGGAGAUGUCAGAAUCUGAGGAUAUUGCUAUUGAGAUCUCUCAAAGUCCUAGAGUGGUAACUCCAAACAGACGCGCAAGUGGGAAGACCCCAAAGAGCCUGGACAGGACCCAAUUUAAGGAAAUGAGAGAUAGAACCAAUCCACAAACAGGUGGUAGAAAUAGAACAAGAGUAAUGAGGAAUGUGGAAACUGAACAGAUUCUGGAGUUUGAAGACGAAGACAAUCCAGAAGUCGAGGAGAUGUCAGAAUCUGAGGAUAUUGCUAUUGAGAUCUCUCAAAGUCCUAGAGUGGUAACUCCAAACAGACGUGCAAGUGGGAAGACCCCAAAGAGCCUGGACAGGACCCCAUUUAAGGAAAUGAGAGAUAGAACCAAUCCACAAACAGGUGGUCGAAAUAAAACAAAAGAAAAGAGGAAUGUGGAAACUGAACAGAUUCUGGAGUUUGAAGACGAAGACAAUCCAGAAGUUGAGGAGAUGUCAGAAUCUGAGAAUAUUGAACCAACUGGCAAAACACCGGCCUUUGUUCGGGCUAAAGCUUUUCACUGUACCCCAUUGCUGUCCAGCCCACGUGUUCUGAAAGAGGCGGCUUCUGGGUCGCCGGUCAGACAGGAUUCGGUCCAACGGCAUCCAAAGCCAGCUAAAAAAGCCUGCCGGAGAAAACGGGAGCCGUCCCUCCCCAACAACUUGGUGAAAAAAAUGUUCACCCACUAUGUCAAGAUGCCAGUCACCAAAGAAGCCUUGGAAGUUGUGGAGAGGUGCGUGAACGUGUAUUUCAAGCAUCUGAGCAAUGACCUGGACGCCUACGUGACUCACGCUCGACGGAAGACAGCCGACCCAGCUGAUGUGGAACUCCUCAUGAAGCGGCAAGGACUGAUAACAGACAAGAUGCCUCUGCAUGUCCUGGUUGAGCGACACUUACCUUUCGAGUACAGAAAGCUGCUGAUCCCGAUCGCCACAAGUGGGAACAAAGUGAUCCCUCAGAAGCUAAAGUGAGAAGCUGAAACCACUUUGAGGGCAGAACGUUUGUCCUUUGGGGUAAGCAGUGGAGGAAGAUGUUCUUAUAAGGCUCUGGACUGGAGUGGAUGUAGAUUUGUCCGUAAGACAGAUCAUUUACAUGACAUUUAACUUAAGCAUAUGGGACCAUCUCAGAAACAAACAAUGCUGAAUUGCACCUAUUACAGGAAGAUCCUCGUUUUUCUGCCUGUGCUAGGUUUGCAAAUUAUAUUUUGUUAAAAAAAAAAACACACAUAUUAAUUUGGAAUAAAACUGUUAACUCUGUACUUUUGUCCUCAAGCAAGCCAAAACGUGUGGUCUUAUGCUUAUUUUACUAAACCUUUUCUUGUAUCUGAAGAUAUUUGGCUUAUAACAUUUUUGUAAUCUUAGCUAUUUUUCUUCCAUUUCUUAGAUUAUCAAUAAACGUCCAAAUCUAAGUAGGUGCAGUUCUUAAGUAGAACAAUAAAUUAAGCUACAGGUGUUCCAUGCCAGUUAUGCAGCUAUUCAGCUAGACAUAUUCUGGACACAGUCUAUCCUGAUGGACAGAUUUGUGUAUAUAAAUUUAUCCAACAUAUACGUUUUUCCAGCUGAGACUUACAUGGCAACUUUGAAGGAACAGUAUAAACUAUUCUCAUGAUAGCACGUCCCUUCCACAUGCUAUUGAGGGAAAGUAUACAUUAGAUUUUUAAAAAUGGACAAAAUGAUUUUUUCUUUCUUCACUAAUAAGAACUUUUCAUAUUUGCUUCUCCGCAACAUACUGGAAAAAAGAAUCCCCUAGCACAAAACCCUUUGAUGUCAGAUAUAGGAAGGCUUAUAAGGAAAGUUUAUUUAAUAGUUUAUUGCAUCUUAACAACACUGUUUAUAUAAACAAACUAUACAUUUUUAAAUUGCUAAUCUGGAAACCAUCAGUUUCCAAGACUUGGUAAGCUCCCUCUUUUUUCAGUGCAAAUUGGAGCAUAGCAAAAAUAUGUUGAAUUGACAGGGGAAAAAAUGGUUAUGUUGUUUGGCUUUGUAAUUUAGUUUCGCUACCUCUUCAAUUGCUUGGCUAACCUGGUUUCUGUGUUUAUACUUUCUAGCCUCCAGCAGACUGUGGAUAAUUCAAUUAUUAUAAAUAAAACAUAAAACUUCUGAAAA